CCACCAUCUUACUGAUGUUGGAUGCAAGAGCCUUUGCCUAAGUAAAAAAUCAGGCCUCACUUGGAGACCGCCAAGCAAAGGUUGGAAACUACUUUUCCAGAACAGAAAAAACUGAUGCAUCAGAAAAGGUGACUAAUUAACAUACCAAAAGAAUAUGGCUACACAAAUACCAGAAUCUGAUCAGAUAAAGCAGUUUAAGGAAUUCCUUGGUACCUACAAUAAGCUUACAGAAACCUGCUUUUUGGACGGUGUUAAAGACUUCACAACAAGAGAAGUAAAACCUGAAGAGCAGAAUGAAGCCCUGGCAGCCAAAGCAGGACUCCUUGGCCAACCACGAUAGAGAAGUCCUGAUACAUGGACUUUCGAUGAAAGAGUGCCAACAGCUGCUGCGCUGGAAAUGAGGACUCAUCUGACAGUAUCCCCUGAAAGCAGCAGCCACCACGUUAAAACAUCUGUCGUGACUGUUUGGCAAAUGGAAACCACUGAAGAAACAAAAUCGCUAUGUACCAGGAAUAAUUAAAAUAGAAGGUCUUAUUGUUCAAUGAAAUAAUAAGAUGCAACAUUUGUUGAGGCCUUAUGAUUCAGCAGCUUGGUCACUUGAUUAGAAAAAUAAACUGUUGUUUCUUCAAUUGUGACUGUUAAUUUUAAAGCAAAUUAUGUGUUCAAUCAUGUAUGAGAUAGAAAACUUUUCAUUACUAAAAUAAAAUAAAUGGAAAUAUCACUGAAAA